AAUCUUAUGAACGGACUACAUAAUUACAUCGUUAAUAGAUUUCAUCUGAGAGAACAGUGGGUGUGACAGAGACGUGCUGUUGACUUGCACCCCGGGUCUCAUUCAUUUGUCACAGACCUUCUGCUCUCAUUGGGCUACGUUAUAUGGGCUAGAUACCGUCAUCAUUGUAGCCAGUGUUUUCAGUGUUUGUAGUCACUGUGUCUCUGAUCGGUCUGUCAUUUUGUCAGUGCAUUGGCUUCAUUUUAAAUUUUCAGUCAUUUUUCGUCUCGUCAUCGCGUUUGAUUUUGCCUGCCUGCGAAGCAGUUAGUGGCGUUGGUGCUGAUUCAGGCUAUCAUGGAACCUUUCCAGGGAUAGUUCAAGACGAGGACAGUUUGGGAAAAACUGGGACUAUCCCUAGAAAGAAACGGGGACAUCUGGCUGCCUACUAUGUUUGAGCCUGAACCAACUUCACUGAUGAGGUGCAAGUCACGCAUAUGAGAGGAGGACUGAGCAGGUCCCCUCGCCAGCUCUGCUCUCCCCUGGAGAAGGCCGUUCGCCGCAGCAGGGGCAGUCUUUUCCCGUCCCACUCUCUAGGUCCCUACUGUCCUGCCCUUCACAUUUCCUAUCUUAGUUGGUCCCUGCAAGCAUUCGAAACUGUUUCUCCAACGCUUCUACCAGAAACUCAGACUGUUUUCCAAAGCAGAAGCGGCGGUUGGGCCCAGCUGUUCCUCCUUCCAGGGGGAAGCCAUGGGGAGCGUGAGGAGCCACCGCUACAGUAUUGUCUCCUCAGAGGAAGAUGGGAUGAAGCUGGCGACCAUCGCCAUGCCUAACGGCUACGGCAACGGCACGCUGGCAAAGGUGAACAGGGAGCACCAGCAGCCUGUGAGUCGGUUCGUCCAGAAGGACGGCCACUGCAACGUGCAGUUCGUCAAUAUGAACGACAAAGGCCUGCGCUACCUCGCCGACCUGUUCACGACCUGCGUGGACAUCCGCUGGCGCUGGAUGAUGAUCAUCUUCUGCCUCUCGUUCCUCGUCUCUUGGCUGCUCUUCGGCUUCGUCUUCUGGCUGGUGGCGCUUGCCUAUGGCGACCUUGAGAGCGAGACACAGCUGUGCGUGUCCAACGUCAACAGCUUCACCGCUGCCUUCCUCUUCUCGGUGGAGACGCAGACUACCAUUGGAUAUGGCUAUCGCUAUGUCACAGAGGAGUGCCCCGUGGCCGUCUUCAUGGUGGUCUUCCAGAGCAUCAUCGGCUGCAUCAUCGACGCCUUCAUCAUCGGCGCCGUCAUGGCUAAGAUGGCCAAGCCCAAGAAGAGAAAUGAGACGCUGAUCUUCAGCCACUACGCCACGGUGGCCAUGCGGGAUGGCAAGCUGUGUCUCAUGUGGCGCGUGGGGAACCUUCGCAAGAGUCAUCUGGUGGAGGCCCACGUGCGCGCCCACCUCCUCAAGUCGCGCACCACAGCCGAAGGCGAGUUCAUCCCCCUGGAUCAGAUGGACAUCAACGUGGGCUUCGACAGUGGCAUCGACCGCAUCUUCCUGGUGUCGCCCAUCACCAUCGUUCACGAGAUCGACGAGGACAGCCCCUUGUACGAGAUGAGCAAGCAAGAGCUGGAAACAUCCGAGUUCGAAGUGGUGGUCAUCCUGGAAGGCAUGGUAGAAGCCACGGCCAUGACCACGCAAUGCCGCAGCUCGUAUGUGGCCAGUGAGAUUCUUUGGGGCCAUCGCUUCGAGCCAGUUCUGUUUGAGGAGAAGAGCUACUACAAGGUGGACUAUUCGCGCUUUGAGAAAACCUAUGAGGUACCCAGCACGCCUGAGUGUAGUGCCAGGGAACUGGCCGAGAAGAAAUCGCUGGUCUCCAGCUCUAACUCCUUCUGUUACGAGAACGAGGUGGCCCUUGGAAAAGUGGAGACAGAGGAGGAGUUCGAUGAGGAAGAAGAGAAUGGGAAGGAGGACAAAGAAGUAAAAAGGGAGGAUCACAGCGCUUCUGAAAAUGGCUCUGCGAAUGCAGCACUGGAUGACACGAACACAGACACAGUCUCAGUACACUCCGAACACAAUCAGGAUACCAGUCCAUCGAGUCCACCUUCAGAAGCAAGGCCUCUAAGACGAGAAUCUGAAAUAUGACUGCAGAGAUGUUGGGGGGAGGGGAACACUACAUGAUUACAUUACUCUACUAUGAUAGGUUUGAGCUUUGCUCUUAACAGCUGUCUGUACAACUACACAAUGGCUUAAAAUGGACGGUGAGGUGAGUGUUAUUUUCUGAGCAGGUUGCUCGUGGACACAAUGAUACAGAAUUAACAGACCAGAGAAUAUGAUGCAAUAUUAUUUAUUCUCUUUUCACUAGUCACUUGUGAGAGUUGAUAGCAAAAUGGCUAAGAGGAGCUCAUGGCUCUUCUGGCCUUUGGCGCUACAGAACUGGGUUGGGUGAAGUAGCAUUUUAUACAGUACAGAUGCCAUGUUUUCAUAUGACCAUCCACUUCUUCCACCUGGACUUAAUGUAACACACAAAUCGGUCCCCCUCAGUUUGGUAUAUUUAAGUUUUGUAUAUUAUGUCUUAAAUUCCAGGCUUGAUUAGUGUUCACCACAUGUUUGAAUCCAUACUGAUUUGAGUGUCCAAGAUUUACAUAAACCCCUUAGAAACCAAGUUUUGCACUGCAGAAAAUGCUGAUUUGUAGUAUAUUUCCAGUUGAAAAAUUAUUCUUUGAUAUUCUAAUUUCUCCCUCCAUAAAUUAAAAAACAUAUAAACCCCUACAAAACAUAUAUACAUAAUUUAGAUGAUAAUGAACAUUUCCUGUUUCUGCAGGAUUUUGUUCCUGCUGUAGUAAACUGGUUCAAAUUGAGACAUGGCAUCUGUAUGUGCAGUGUGUAUGUGUGUAUCUGUGCAUGUGGCAUGCAUGUAUGUAUGUGUGUAUGUUGCAAGAAAGCAUAAGAAUGUCGAUACAUUGAGACAGUUGGCCUUUUCUCUAGUGGAAAACAUUUAAGGGGAUUUAGCAAAAGGAAACACUAACACUAUAUAUGAAUGUGCAAUGUGAAUUUCA